GGAUCCUGCUGCACAGACAAGGAGCUGAGAAGCCUUUCAGAUCUCACAGAGCUUCCUCUCAGCUUCUGCAUGUCUGACCCUCCAAAUGAGCAUGCUGCAUCAGUGAGAAUUGGUGUUUCUGGGCGGCGCAAUAAGUGGAGGAGAGCACAUCAGAGUGCAGGGUAUCUGAAAGCAGCAGAGCACAGAGAGGCAGGCACAUCCGCCGCUGGAGGGAUCAAAUCUGUACCAUCUGACGCUCAAGGAUUUAUGGGUUUAGUCAAAAUUGCUUUUCCCACUGUGGAGAUUAAGCACAGUAGGAUGUUUUCCUCACAGCCCGUAGAAUAGCCGGGUGUUGCUGCUGCUGUUUUUCUCUCUUAUCAGCUCCGGCGCUGGAGAAGGGAAUGUCUCAGGAGGGCAGAGGGCUCCAAACCCUGGUGGGAAGUGGAUUCUGAUUGACAGGAGUGGUCCCGUUCUCUGGGGAAUGUGAACCAUGCAGGUGGAAACGGUCCUUAUGCUUCUCUGUGUUUGGCUGGUGGGCACAGCUGCAAAGAUGGUUCAGCCAAGAGGUCACAAGCUGGAAACCUACAAACAAAGCAGGACACGACGAGAAACCAAAAUGGAGGGAGGAGGUGGUCAGAAGUCUGGAAGUCCAAUUUACAAACGAAGCCCAGAUCUGACAAAAAACCCAAUGACAAAAUCAGAGCAGCUCCUGAGAAUAGAUGAUCACGAUUUCACCAUGAGACCAGCAUUCGGAGGUCCUCCAAUACCUGUUGGAGUAGAUGUUCAGGUGGAAAGUAUUGACACCAUCUCUGAGGUGGAUAUGGACUUCACCAUGACUUUAUACCUGCGUCACUACUGGAAAGAUGAGCGGCUAUCGUUUCCCAGCACUAACAACCAGAGCAUGACCUUCGACAGUCGCCUGGUGAAGAAAAUUUGGGUUCCCGACAUGUUUUUCGUCCACUCUAAGCGCUCUUUCAUCCACGACACCACCACUGACAAUGUCAUGUUGAGAGUUUAUCCUGAUGGCAAUGUGCUCUACAGUCUCAGAGUCACAGUCACUGCUAUGUGCAACAUGGACCUCAGCCGCUUCCCCCUGGACACUCAAACCUGUUCACUGGAGAUUGAGAGCUAUGCAUACACAGAUGAUGACCUGAUGCUGUACUGGAAGAAAGGCAAUGAAUCCCUGAAUACAGAUGACAGAAUAUCUCUCUCCCAGUUCCUGAUCCAAAAAUUUCACACCACCACAAAGCUGGCUUUUUACAGCAGCACAGGCUGGUACAAUCGUUUGUACAUCCACUUCACCCUGCGGCGCCACAUCUUCUUUUUCCUGCUGCAGACUUAUUUCCCCGCCACUCUGAUGGUUAUGUUGUCCUGGGUUUCAUUCUGGAUUGAUCGCCGGGCCGUACCUGCCAGGGUGCCACUAGGUAUCACCACAGUGCUGACCAUGUCCACCAUUAUCACUGGGGUCAACGCCUCCAUGCCUCGGGUGUCCUACAUCAAGGCAGUGGACAUUUACCUCUGGGUCAGCUUUGUUUUCGUCUUCCUUUCGGUGAUAGAGUACGCCGCUGUGAACUACCUCUCAACUGUGCAGGAGAGGAAAGAGAGGAAGCUGAGGGAGAGAUUGCCCUGCACAUGUGGCAUUGGCAACCCCGACGACAUGAUGAUUGACCCACAAAUCACUGGCUACGGGUCCAUGGAUGUCAACACCACAGGGAAUUAUGGGAUGCCUGAGAACGGCGGCCGGCAGGAGCAAAUUCUGGCCCAGGUGGCACUGAAUGACUCUCAGAUCACGGGUCAGGUGAAGGCAUCUAGAAGCUAUGUUAACAUCUGGAUAGACACCCACGCCAUAGACAAGUACUCGAGGGUCGUCUUCCCCGGAGCAUACAUCCUCUUUAACAUAAUUUACUGGUCCAUAUACUCGUAAACUGGAAUGCUUUCAAUAAGAGAGGAGGCGCAUGACGGGACAGCUGGCACUCUGCUCAUCUGUGCAGAAGCUAAAACGAUGCUCUGUCAGAGAAAAACUGGGGAUCAUUCACAGAUAGGAAACCUUUGCCUUCUUGCCCCAGCCACUUAAAACUGUUGAGGACACCGUUUUAUCACUCCAUCAAAUCUGUGUGCUUUUGUGUGUCUGAACUGUUGAUGACACGUGUUUGGAUGUUAAUGUCACCUGAGAACUUUGUGGACCUAGAGAUGAGCAAACAUGGGCUUCACAAUGCAGUGAUGGCAAUCUGGUUUUUAUAAAAAUGCAAACUGACACUUAUUGGCAUUUUCAGUGCAUUGACAGAUCCCCUCCACAUAUGAACUGGACAUGACAAUCAACAAAGAUGCUGAAGGCUUCAGGGGAGCAAUGUGGCUUUUUCUCAUCAGGUUUUUUGGGGGGUUCUGGUGGAGAGAAUCGACACAACUCAUCUACCAUAAAGACAUAAAACAUGGUAAAAACGUUCGAUGAACUGCUCUUUGCAAGGUUUAAGGGAAUCUAUCUGUCAAUACCUCUAUUUCUCAUUUCAUAAAAACUUCAGUCUUUACUUAAAUUCACAUUCAGAUGCAGUUUUUCACGAGGUUACAUGUUUAACUAUUUCAAAUUAAGAUGCACUGAUAUGAAAACUUGGGCUAAUAUCAACAUCAAAUAUUAAUUUAGCAGUUGUGGCCGACAACCGAUAUUUACCGAUGUUAUGUAUAUAUUUCCCUACCCCUUUGACACCGUCAUAAAACAACUACACCGCUGACAUUGCUUCUUUGCUUCAGUGAAACACCCAACAAUCCUGCGCUGGAUCACUAUCACUGUCACAUGACCAAACAAACACUACAUAACUAAGACCCUCCCUCUCCAGAAACACAAAUGGCAACAAGAUGUAAAUAAUUAUUAAUUAUUAAUAACGACCCAGUUUUACUUCUGGAAACGAUAUGUUAAAAAAAUGAAUAACAUCGGCCAACACCGUUGUUAAUGCCGAUAUAUCGUGCAUCCCUAAUUUCCGCAGGUGCAUCUCAAUUCAUUAGAACAUCAUCAAAAGUUUAUUUAUUUCAGCACAUUAAUUUAAAAUGUGAAACUCACUCAGAUUCAAUACACCCAAUAUAAUCUAUUUUAAACUUAUGUUCAUUUAGGCAAUAACUGCUUACAGUUAAUGGAAAUCCAAAAUCCAGUUCUCUACAGACUCUACAGUCAUUGACACACUCCACAAUGAAAGUAAGCCACAGACGUUCAUUGCUGAAGUAGAUGUUUGCAGAGUGCAAUAGUUAAGCUUAAUAAUGGAAAGUUGAGUGGAAGGAAAAAGUCUCACAAGCAAAAGGGAUAUUAACCGCCUUCAGAAGAUUAUGAAACAAAGCCCAUUCAAGAGUUUAGGGAACUUUUGUAAUAUGUUUCCACAGUCAGUGAUGAUUUUGAGGAGCUAUGUCAUCCGCUGGUGUUGGUCCACUGUGUUUUAUCAAGCCCAAGGCACCACUGCUAUCUACCAGUAAAUUUUAGGUUUUGAUUGGCCAGCAAACUGGCCCGACCCAAACUAUAGGUGGUUGUCAGGAGAAAGUUGACAGACACCAGAGCCAAUUAAAGUAAGCAGCGCUUCCUGAACACAGCAGAACCACAGGCUGAUCUCCUACAUGUCGCACUGCACUGAUGCAGUAAUUUAUGCAAAAGGAGCCCCCAACAAGUACUGAAUGCAGAUACCAUACAGUACAUUGACAUACCUUUCACUAGGCUACUAACAGAAAUAAACACUUGAACUAUAUCACCCUGUGUGUAAUGAAGCUAAAUGAGUUUCUCUUUUUAAAUUUUAUUACUGAAAGAAAUUAUCCUUUCAAUGAUAAUCUAUGUUAUUGAGAUGCUCCUUAUUCUUCUCAAUGGAAGAUAUUAAAAACGAUUGGGACUAAAGCCUGAUGUCAUAUUGACUGACCUAAAGUGGUCAGAUACUUCUCACCACGCUGUUUUUACACUUUAGUUUUGUGAAUUAAAAGAGAGAGUUUUCUGGCAGUGUCGUAUUUACUGUACAGACCAUAAACUCUGUGACUUAGCCACCAUCGGAAAUCGGUUUGUUCAUUUUAAACACUUAAGGUUUAGAUGACAAUCAAACUCCUUCUUAUGCAAGUGUUUAUCAGACAAACCUGGAGCAAAUAAAUCGAUUUAUUGCAAAUAUCCUUUUACAUGAACUAUGCAGGGAUUAACUUCUAUGUAUGUAUGCACGUAUAGACAUUGGAUGGAUGGAUUUUUCUCAACUGAACAAAUACGCAAAGAAUGAAGUUACAAACUUUUUUCCAAAUUUUACUGUGAGAUCAUGAUACCACAACAAAAUAUGACUUUACUUUAAAACUUUAAUAAAUCUUGAUCAUGGGUGUCAAGUGUUUGUCAAGGUGAUGAUUCUAGUUUGAUGGAUUUGACCAAGGAGUACAGAGGUCUAAUAACCAUUAUGUUUAAACGAGUUAUUUAGAAGCCCAAACAUUUGUUUAAGGUUUUAGAACAUCAGUUUCUGCUAACGUUUCCUGUCAGGCAUGCAGGCUUAAAACCCUUUGGACCUGACCUCACUUCAGAUCAGGAGGUGGCAUAUGUUUCAUGAAGAUUCAGUGACACUGACAUACGUGGUUCCAGUCUAAUUCUGCAAAUAAACACGUUUUCCGAUCAGUUUUGAUCUGGAUGUUCCAGGUUUUCUGCAUCAUGUUAACAUGAUUCACUUUACACUUCAUGUUCUUGUGAACUUUUUUAUCAGUGCAAUCGUUUUGUGCUCAGGCUGCUGCACUACAUUUGCAUGAUGGGCAUUGUUUAGGAAAAAGUUUAAAAAUAUUUAAAUAUAUAUGUAGAAAAUCCCAAACACCUGUUUUAGUAUAUAUUUUUUUUAAAUAUCUGUAUUUCAUGUCCUUUUAUUUUUUUUUAUACUGAAGCUGAUCUCCUCUGUUAUUGCUGUCGUGAGGCGUUGAGGUUCACUGUGACCUGUUAGUUGAUAGUUUUAUUUUUCUCAUAAUAAACUUUUGGUGACGUGAAAUAGAGAUUUAAAUAUUUUCAUGGUAAAAUGACCCAACCUACUUUGAUUGAAGUACAUUAAAGACUGAAGAGAACUGUAUUAUUUUAUUUUCUUAAAAAUGUGAAAACUGUGCUGAAUUUAUCACAGCUAAUGUAAACUUCCUCCUGCAUGCAAUAUAAGAACAAUGAAAAGCUUUCAGAUGCAUAGCUGUGAUUAUUAGUUUUUUUUCUACCUUAAUAAAAGAAAUUAGAAAAGAA